UCCCGCAGACGAGCCGACAGAGCGAAAGACAGACAAUCAGAGAGACAGCCGGGCAGCCGCUCAGACCGGAACAACAUGGCGCCGGGAGUAGCGUUAGCUGCUGGACCAGUCGUUGUCUGAGAGACCGGCGAUCCGGCAGGAUGAACCUCUGCGCCCAGUACUUACGACAGGCAGAGGCCCUGAAGGCUGACAUGACAGAUUCCAAGCUGGGGACCGCAGAGGUGUGGACAUCACGACAGGCUCUCCAGGACCUGUACCAGAAGAUGCUGGUGACGGACCUUGAGUAUGCCCUGGACAAAAAAGUGGAACAAGAUCUGUGGAACCAUGCCUUUAAGAACCAGAUCACCACACUCCAGAGCCAGGCCAAGAACCGUGCCAACCCCAACCGCAGUGAAGUCCAGGCUAACCUGUCCCUGUUUCUCGAGGCAGCUAGUGGAUUCUACACACAGUUACUGCAGGAGCUGUGCACGGUGUUUAACGUGGAUCUGCCAUGCCGGGUCAGGUCUUCUCAGCUUGGAAUCAUCAGCAAUAAACAGAGCAACACCAGCGCCAUCGUCAAGCCCCAGCCAAGCUCCUGCUCAUACAUCUGCCAGCACUGCCUGGUUCACCUGGGAGACAUAGCUCGCUACCGCAACCAAACCAGCCAGGCGGAGUCCUACUAUCGACAUGCAGCUCAGCUGGUGCCCUCAAAUGGUCAGCCGUACAACCAGCUGGCCAUCCUGGCCUCCUCUAAAGGAGACCACCUCACCACCAUCUUCUACUACUGCCGCAGUAUUGCUGUCAAAUUCCCCUUCCCUGCUGCUUCCACCAACCUGCAGAAAGCCUUGUCCAAAGCACUGGAGAGCCGCGAUGAGGUGAAGACCAAGUGGAGCGUGUCCGAUUUCAUCAAGGCCUUCAUCAAGUUCCAUGGUCACGUCUACUUGAGCCAAAGCCUGGACAAACUCAACCACCUGAGGGAGAAACUGGAAGAACAGUUCCAGAGGCUGAUCCUGCAGAAGGCCUUCAGCUCCCAGCAGCUUGUCCACAUCACCGUCAUCAACCUGUUUGAGCUGCACCAUCUCAGAGACCUCACUGCUGACGGUGGCCAUCAGAGCUACAGCAGCGAGGAGCAGAUCAGCUGGUUUCAGCUCCUGGGCCUGUUUAUGUCUUUUUUGGGGGUGAUGUGCAGCAGAGCUCUGCUCAACCAGAAGCGAGGGGAGGAGAUCAUGGGAGAAUGUCCCCUGCCGGCCAUCAAGGUGUCCCUGGACUGGCUCCGCCUGAGGCCCAGCGUUUUCCAUGAGGCCGCUGUAGACAACCGGCAGUACAUCUGGCCCUGGCUGGCAGCCAUUCUGAACCGCUUCCAGCCUAAAGAAGAAGAUGUUUCCUGCCCCUCAGUGACACCUCUGCCAGAGGAGUUUGAGCUACAGGGAUUCUUGGCCCUGAGACCAGCUCUGAGAUCUCUAGACUUCACUAAGGGUCACCAGGGGAUCCUGGUGGACAGGGAGGGUCUCCCGGUCCACGCCCGCCACCAGAGGCUCAUAAGCCUGGGGAAGUGGGUGGCAGACAGUCAGCCUGGGCUGAUCCAGUGUAGGCUGAGUGAGGAAGGUCUGCUCCUCUUCAUCACUGACAUCCCUGAGCAGGCCAUAGAGGAGCCACAGGAAAAGGAGGCGCCAGUCCUUCAGGAGUCCUCCAAUGGCGAGCAGAUGCCCAACGACAGCCACAACACGGGCCUCAAGUCAGUGCUGUCGGCUGGGAAGAGCCAGAACUCUGGGCUGGAUUACACCGAGCGGCCUGUGGUCACCUUCAAGGAGAACAUCAAACCCCGGGAGCAGAGCCGUGAGCCUACACGCAACCACCACCAGAAGGACACAGGCAAGGAGCGCCGCGACUUCUUAAAAGGCAACGGUGCUGCUGGGAAAGGAGAGCCAAAGAGAGACGGCAAGAGGAAGAGUGAGGUGAAGAAGAGCAGCCACGAGAAAACUGCUGAUGCUGGGAAACAGCUGAAAGCCCAGGCAGAGCUGAGGAAGACUCCGGUCUCUGAGGCAAGGAAGACUCCAGUCACUCAAACCCAGACCACCUGCUCCUCCCAGUUCAUUCCAAUACAUCAUCCAGGAGCCUUCCCACCCCUGCCAAGCCGACCUGGUUUCCCUCCCCCGGCCUAUGUCCUUCCUCCUCCUGUGGCAUUCCCAGGGCUGCAGGUGAACCCUGGCUUCACCUUCUCCACGGGCGUCUCAGUCCCCGGGCCCUUCCUCCAGCCUGGAACCCACACCCAGACCGGCUCAAAGCAGUCUCACAUCCCCUACAGCCAGCAGAGGCCCUCUGGACCAGGGCCAGGGCAGGGUCCCUCCGGACCAGGGCCAAUGAGCCAGAGCCAGCAGCCCCAGAGCCAGCCUCCCUCCCAGCAGGCCCUGCAGCAGUCGGUCCAGCUGCAGGUCCAGGCACUGUCCCAGCAGCAGCAACAGUCUCCCACCAAGCCUGUCCAGCAGGUCCCCAUGGGGAAGAGCCCUCCCCACCUCCCAGGCCUACAGCAGCAGUACAUGCAGGUUCAGGAGGGCUCGGGUCCGCUGUGGAGCCAGGCCCAGGCCUCUCUGCAGAAGAUGCCCCCUAUGCAGAUGACUGUCAAACAGCCCCAGCAGCAGCCAUACUACCUGCCCACCCAGGACCCCCUCAAACUCUACGAGCACCAGCUCCAAACAGUCUCCAUGCAGGGUCCCCCUCCUCCCACCGCCCAACCCCAGCCUCCGCUCUCCAGCAUGGACAAGAAGAUGAAGUACCCAGAUGUGAAGAUGCAGGACUUCUACUGGGAGCCCUCCUACCGGAUGGGAAAGCGAAUACCACCGGGUGGCUUCUGUCCAGACCAGGAGUCCUCCGGGUCUAGAGGGCCUCCAUUUGAGGACAACAAGAGCUCGCCUCUCCUGCCUCCAGACCUGUUAAAAACUCUAGCACAUUUGGAGGAGGAGGAGGAGCUGCUCUUUACUAAGCCUCCUGAUCUGUACCAGGCCUUGGCUGGCUCUCUUAGCUCUGCUCCUGGACCAAACAGAUUUCUGCCCAAUCAGUCCAGGAUGGAGAGCUCCGAGGUAAUCAGCCAGUCAUCUUCUCUCCUGCCUUUAUCUGGCUUCUCCUUACAGGAGAACUACCAGAAUAACAGCAUCUUCAGCCAAGCCUACGGGAAAAACAUACCACCCAGCACCAAGCCUGAUGUUCCCAUGAUGCACCAGGAGCCCUCCCUCUACUCUCUGUUUGAAGGGACUCCCUGGUCCCCUUCCCUGCCUGCCAGCUCAGACCACUCUACACCAGCGAGCCAGUCCCCCCACUCCUCCAACCCCAGCAGCCUGCCCUCCUCUCCCCCCACACACAAUCACGGCUCCGUGCCCUUCUCCAACUUCGGGCCUAUAGGCACUCCGGACAGCAGGGACCGCAGGCUGGUCGACCGCUGGAAGGCCGACAAGACAGGAGGAGUGAGCGGGUUCGGGUUGGAUUACCUGCCAGCAGCAGCAUCAUCGGCAGCCUCUGACACCAGCUGGCACCAGAGCGGACCGGCCAGCAACUCCUGGACUGCCCAGGACACGCCCAUGGAGGAGUCCAGUUCCACGGUUCUGCUAGACAGUCUGAAGUCCAUCUGGUCCAGCUCCAUGAUGCAGCCGGGCCCCUCGGCCCUGGAGCAGCUCCUCAUGCAGCAGAAGCAGAAGCAGCAGAGGGGCCACGGUACCAUGAACCCGCCUCACUGAACGGCACCGGUGCUGGCUGGGAAAGCACUUGUAAUCCGAGACGUCCAAACCACCAGGAAAUGGAGGAAAGAAGUUGAUGAGGAAGGCGAGCUCCAACAUAAACGGGAAUUGAGCGGUGAACGGUGGAGACCGCCCCCGGCUGAACAAGGAGGGGUGCUGCACCCCCCAACACACAGACACACACACACACACUUCCUCUUCAAUCUAUGGCGCCGCCCGGUGAUAGGGAGGGUGCGUGAUCUUCACACCCCCCUCCCCUCUUUAUGGACAGACCCCACACCUCCAGAGCUCCUCUCCUCUCUGGGAGAACUUUCAUUUUGGAAAAACGUCGCCACACGACUUCCUGGAAUCGUCUGUUUGCUUUCGAUAGGGAGCUUCCUUUAGCAACCGUGUGGAUGUGAGGGAAGCAUUUUGGCGUUGCUGAUGUGCUGGUGGGAGAGAGAUAAGAGAGAGGGAAGGUGGCAUGGUGGUUCUACUACAGGGGACGACAAGGCGGACCUUUCUUAAGGUCAGCUCUGGCAAAAAUAAGACUGAUCUUUAUGAUCUUCAAUCAUUGUCAUUAUCUUGGCGGAGGAGGAGGAGGAGGAGGAGGGCUCUUAGUAGCUGAUUGGUUGAAUGAAGGAAUGUGUGGCAAACAGUUACACGUUGCCACAGUUCGUGACGUUUUCCUCUGACUUGGCUCUGCACAGAUCCGUCUUUUGGGGCGAGAAAUGGCGGAAGCAAACGGCGGCCCUGGAAGGUUUGAGAGCAUCUGCAGAUGUCUCUUCAUCUGUGUCCAGGCCCAAACAUGAGGGAACUGCCUGCUCACGUCAUGGUGCAGGAACACACGUGGAAAUGGAAUUAAAAAAAGAACCUUAAUGAUGGCAUCAUCAGCUAAACUAUAAAAUCAAUUCUGUAUUUUGUGGUUUGUUAGUAGCAGUUUUAGCGUCACUGAACUAUGGGGUAAAUAUAUCCGAUAGUUUCCUGCUUAAGGGAGGAAAUCCUUCAUUUUUUAGCCUCCCAUCCUGCCUUGUCCCCUUCUGCCCCCCUUCUUUGAAUUAAGAGGAGAAAAUUCAGCAGUACCUUGCUAGCUUAACCUGCAUUAACUGUUCUGUUCAUGUUCUGCCUUUUUUAACAGUUUUACUGUGCCUGCUUACUGUCGCUUACUGACUGCUACCUAUUCCUCUCACGGUUGGUGCAGAACAUCAGGGCUUAGUGGAGCGGAGCUGACGGCAGCUCAGAGAAUGUGAUCCGACAGCCUGCUGUUCAACAACCACGGUGACAUUCACUCACAGCUGGCCAUUAAAUACGAAGCUUGAUUCUGGUUCCGUUAAAUCUUUACUGUCGUUCGUUCCCUGGCCAGUUGAGUUGCCCGGUGGUAGUCCUGUAGCGGGUACUAACUAACCUACAACUACUAACCUGCUUACCGGUGUCUCUGUUAAUGACUAGCCCUGACUGUCAUUCCACCCUUUGAGAAAACCAGUUGUUUCUUCAGUGUCAGCACCUGCUGAGAUAGGGCCCGUUAGAGAAACACGGGGCAACAACCAGCCAGACAACCAGUCCGGAGGCUCUGUUCUAGAAGGUUCCGGGUUCACCCUUCGGUUCCCUCUUUGAAACCCUUUAGUAUGAGACAUGACAAGCCUCUUUUUAUUUCUCUAUCCAGGACAUUUUAUUAAAGCUGACUUCUGAUGACGUGUCUACCUUCCCUGUUACUGUGCUUUCCUUGUUGCAUUUACUAAUGUAUUUGAAAAACAAACACGAGAUGUACAUUGACGUGAAUGAGAAGAGAGGUCCUGCAAGGACUGUUCUGUUGGCUUUCCUGUCUGUUCAGCACGGGCUUCUGACUGGGACUGUUAAAAACUGGUUCUGAAUGUGGAACAGGCCACCGCUGGAGCGAAGGAGCCCUUCUUAACCACUGUGAACUAGUGAAUGGGAUGCGUUUGGGGUGCUGACGGUCAGGGACGUUUUGGGCUGAGCUCGAGCGCUUGUCCCGUUGGCACACACUGUAUUCUGACGGACAGAUGGGCUUUACAGAGCGGUUCGUUCGGGGGUUUCCUGGUGGCUCUGGUCAGGUGGUUCUGGGGUAGGGAGUGUUGGGUUCUUGUGUUCUGGGCUUUUGUAUUUGACUCCAUCAGAGCCAGAGGAAUCAGUCUUUAAUAAACGUAAACCGUGUUCUCCCUUCAAA